UGCAGAUGGAAGAAAGCGCGCCCUAUGGACGCUGUCCCCCGCUGGGGAUUUCAUGUCAGGGCUUCCCACCGCCUCUGGCCAUUUGGUCGGAAGGACAGAAAGAAGGCCACGGAGGACACAGAGAGGCAGCUGGCGGACGUGCCCUCCUCCCUGACAGAGGGGGUGACCCCAAAGUCAUCCCAAGAAACAGGUGCUGGGGAUUGCCAGGCAAGACCUCCGACACCACGCGGACCACCGUCCCAGGUGGUCGUCCACUGGACAGUGGUCCAGGACCCAGAGCCCAUGGAGGCCGAGGCCGAGGCUGCUCCACCACCUGAGGAGCUAGAGACCGAUCUGGAGGGAGGGCUGGUGCCUGCAGUGACUUCAGGAGGAGACCAGGAGCCGGCAGGUGACCCGGCACCUGCCCACGGAGAGCCUGGCGCUGUCCAGGAAGAACUGGCACCUGCUCCUGCCCCAGCCCCUGCCCCUGCCCCUGCUACAGUUCCUGCCACUCCCCCUUCCCCCACCCCAGCCCCUGCCCCUGCCUCGGACCUAGAUCCUGACCUGGCUCCUGCCCCUUCCCUUACCCCUGCCUCUGCCCCUACCCCAGCCCCUGCCCCUGCCUGUGCUCUUGUUCCUGCCCCUGCCCCUGUUCCUGCUCCUGCCGCUGCCAGAGCCACUGUCCCUGACCCAGAUCCUACCCUUGCUCCUGCCCCUGUCCGUACUCCUGCCAGAGCCGCUGGCCCUUCCCCUGCCCCUGCCAGGGGUCCCGUUCCUGCCCCUGACCGAGAUCCUGUCCCUGCUCUUGCCCUGGAUCCUGCACCUGCCACUGCUGCUGACCCUGUCCCUCUCCUUGCCACUGCCCCUGCCCUUACCUCUGUCCUUGCCCCUUCUGUGAGGCCGGACUCUACCCAUGUCACGGGCAUGGAAGCGAGAGUCCAGAAGGUCCAGACGACCUGCUCCCAGUCCCAGCGUGUGGAGCAUGGGUCAAGGAUGGUCCACGAGCAGAGGAAGAUUUGGGCCCAGGGAGACUGA